AUGGCUUCGCGGAAAUCAGGCCUCCAGAAAGAAGUCCUUGCUCUAUACAGGCGUGCUCUACGAAUGGCAUCCGCUAAGCCCCCCUCUGCACAACCCAAAUUCUUCCUCUUCGUUCGCUUCACAUUCCGCCAGCAAUCUGACUCAGUGUCCUCGCGUGACGUCGCUGCAAUAGAGCAUCUCAUAAGGAAAGGCAGGCGGCAGAUCGAGGCGUUUGAGGACAAGUCGGUAAAGGAUUGUUGGGUGUCUGCUGAGAUGAAGCAUUGGGAGAGUACACAUCGCGGAUAUACACCAUGGACACAGAGUUGA